UAUGUGGAUACCCAUUCAAUCGGAAGCGGUGAUGCUAGUUUUCUCGAUGCUGGCUGCAGUGAUUUAUUUGAUUUGACAUUAGUGCGCUGUUUUGCAGUAUUUGAUCGGCUUCAGUACGUUUAACGUCAUAGAUACUUUUUACUCCAAAAAGCUGAACUUACAGUCGAGUUGUUGCGUAAAUUAUCGGAUGAAUUGAUCUCGCAUCAUAAACAGACGCGUCUUUUUUCAAAAGUGAUCGCACUGAUCAUCAGUUACGGUUUGUUAGAGAUCCAGUGAACUGGUGCGCGCAAAUAUAAAUAAAAAUAUUCAAUUAACGGACAUUUUAUUAUUACUUUGCCCCAUAAAAAACUGAUGAUUAGAAGAAUAUUAAAUUUUUUCGAAUAUUUAUUUAAAGAAAAUUAAAAAUCUGAAACACCUUUGAAAACAAUAGAAUUUGCACACUCGAUGAGAAUUCAAAUUAGGUGUGAAGUGAGCACGCGAUCUUUUCUACCUAUACCUACUUUUCUUACCUAACAAUAUUAUAUGAGUAUUAUAUGCAUAUAGCCUAUGAGUUGGUAGAUGUUGAAAGUGUUAAUUAAAUUUUAGUUAGUAAAUUGGGUGAAUUCAAGUGUAAAAAUAAAUAAAUAAAUAAAUUAAUAUAUUGUAGACACGAUUUUAUUUUGUUUCAAGAAAAACAUAAUCACGAUCGAAAUAUUGUGAUAUUGUGAACAUCGAUUUGGAUACCAAUUGUCAUUUGCAGACGAAGAGUUUUUUUGCUUACAGAAAUUUGUUUUUCAAAACCAACAAAAUGGAUCCAGAAAAUCAGUGCCCUCAAUAUGGUGAGGUCAACCAGCUGGGUGGAGUGUUUGUGAAUGGACGUCCCUUGCCGAACAAUAUACGAUUGCAAAUAGUAGAAUUGGCCAGACGGGGAACUAGACCCUGUGAUAUUUCUCGUCAUCUACGAGUCAGUCAUGGUUGUGUGUCGAAGAUUCUUGCACGAUAUCAUGAAACUGGAUCGAUUUUACCUGGAGCUAUUGGAGGCUCGAAGCCGAGGGUGACAACCCCAAAAGUUGUCAACUAUAUUCGAGAUUUGAAGCAACGUGAUCCGGGUAUUUUUGCAUGGGAAAUACGUGAUCGUCUACUGAGCGAAGGUGUUUGUGAUAAGACCAAUGUGCCAAGUGUGAGUUCGAUUUCGAGAAUUCUUCGAAACAAAUUAGGUUCGAUGCCACAUCAUUCGCCGACAACGCCAUCAGCGGCACACCAUCAUCAUCACACGCACCUGUACAAUUCGCUCUAUCAAAGCUACCCGCCUUAUGCCAUGAGAUCGGUGCCCUGUAAUUCUCCAUCCCCACCUCAAGGUCAACUUAGGCCCUCACACUGUUGGCCAUCAUCACAUUCUGUCCAGGAUAUUCUUGCCCAUCAAGCUCAAGCGGCCAAUAAUGCCUUGAGAAACAGUUGCAAUGGGAAUGUAGGUGCUCUUCCAGCCAUGCCAACGGCCGGAUCACCCGUAGCAACGCAUCUUGGCGUAGACGAAACCAACUACUACAUGUACAUCCAAAAUGCAAGUAUGAUGCAUCAUGGCGGAAUGAUGACGACUGCGACGGGAUUGUGAAGAAGUUAAAUCAUGUUUAAAUUUAGAUUAAAUAUUAUUAUUUUUUUGUUUUCCAUAAUUAUUAAUAAAUUCGGUAUAUAAAAUAGGAUAAGAGUAAUAUAUUUUUUUUUAGACUUUAAGUUGAUAAAGGAAUUAUUUUGAGUAUUGGUUCCGUUUAAGUUAUUUCCUUAAUGUGCAAGUUUUUUUUUAAACAAAAAAAAAGUAUUAUGUUGAGAAUUUUGUUUUUAAUAGGGAAAAUGUACAUUAUAAUUAAGAAUAAAUAAAUAAAUAAUAAUAAAUAAAUAGACAUUACACUAAGAUUAAGGUAAACCUUCUUUUUGUUUAUUGGUUAAAAAAAAAAUACCAACAGUGAAGCAUUGAAAAUACGUAAUAUUAUAAAUUAUUAAAUAUGCCCACAUCUAAUGUGAAUUUAUUAUUUUAAGGACCUAUUUGCAAAAACUUUACCUAUCAGAUAUGAGAAAUAAAAUGUUUACAUGAAAUUUAUA